UUCGAGGCCAAAGGCCAUAAAGCCACAGUGGAUAGAGGAAAAGGAAAAAGAGGCAGACACGUAACCCAGCACCACUUAUGCUUGGGCCGCGAUAACAAAAUCCCACAGCCUGGGGCUUACACAACAGACGUCUAUUUUUUCACAGUUUGGGAGCUAAAGUUUUCUCGGCCAGUUCGAACUCCAGCGGUGGAAACUUGAAGCCCGGGAUGAUUCUGUCCAACACGACGGCGCCGGCGCCCUUUCUGACCGCGCUGUGGCAGGGGACGGUCACGCAGGGCGGCAACAUGUCCGGCCUGGCCCGCAGGUCGCCCCGCAGUGAUGACGGCCAGCUGGCGGCGCUCUACAUCCUCAUGGUGCUCGGCUUCUUCGGCUUCUUCACCCUGGGCAUCAUGCUGAGUUAUAUCCGCUCCAAGAAGCUGGAGCACUCCCACGACCCAUUCAACGUGUACAUCGAGUCUGACUCCUGGCAGGAGAAGGACAAGGCGUACUUUCAGGCCCGGGUUCUGGAGACCUACAGGGCGGGUUACGUCAUCGAAAACCAGUUGGCGGUGGAACGACCCCACACACACCUUCCGAGAUAAAACCUUUGUGUCAUGACCCCACAAUUGGUUAAAACUGGGCCAAUCCUACCUGGCGAUC